AAUUAUUAAACUUUAGAAUUAAUAAAAAAAAACAAAUUAGAUAUAAAUAAAUAAACCCAUAAGCAUAAGCAAACUCUGAAAAUGGAUAGUUAAACAGAUCACUAAAAAAUGAUUUCUAUGAAAGAAAUGAUAGCCUAGAAAGCUAGAAAAAAUUAGAGAGAUAAAAUUAUUGAAAAAAGUAGAAAUUCUAAUCCAUUUACAGAUUAAAAAAAAUUUAUUUAGCAAAAUAGUACCUAAAAAACUUAAAUUUAAGCUAGUGAUUUCAAUGGAGUUUAAAUAAGUGAUGAAGUUUUAGCCAAAAUUUAAUAAUUCGAGCAAGAAAUACCUCUUGAAUAAGAAGAAAUAGAUCAUUUCUAAAAAUUGACAUUAAAUUCCUUUAAAUUUAGGUUGAGUAAAUUAUAAUAAAAUAAUAUAAAUUCAGAAGAAAGCGUUAAGCUUCUUGAAAAUAUCCCUGAUUUUUUCAAAGAAAAUAAGAAAAAUUCUGAUGUUUUGAUUAAAAAGUUUAAGGAAGACGGAGCAUUAGAAAUACUACUUAAUUUUAUUAAAAAUUUAGAGAGUUUGAAUCCGAUUACUUAUUAAAUUGCAAGAAUUAUUGAAAUUAUUUCUAUAUUUGCUUAAGUAGAAGAAUUCAUAAAUUGUAUUUGGAUUGACAAUGAAAUUAUAAAUUUAUUUUUAAAUCUUUGUACUGAAAAUUAAGAUUAGCAAGUGCUUGAAUAGCUAUUUUAGUUAUUAGGCUUUUUAUGCAGUGAUUCAGGUAUAGAAAGAAGAGAUUAUUUGAGAAAUACUCCUCUCAUAUCUUAUCUUUGUAAAUAAAUUGAUAGAUAUUAAAUGAAACAGACUUGCUUUGCUAGUUUAUUGGUUAGAAAUGGUAUAUGGCUUCUCGUAAGUCUGUGCUCGGAUUUACCUGCAGAAGGAAAUUUUGAUUACUGCAAAGAUGCACUUCCUAUUUUCGUACAUUUCUUAAAGUGUAAUAAUGGAACUGUGGGACAGGAGUGCACAUGGGUCCUUGAUACUUUAAUUUAGUACUAUAUAUCUCCAUAAAACCCAAACUAGCAAUAAAAUUUAGAUUACUUUAUCUAAUUAGAACUUCCUAUCAAUUUAACAGAAACUUUUAAAUUUGAUUGUUUGACAACUACAUAAUCAGCUCUUAAAAUUCUAAAGCAAGUUUUUGAAAACUGUAAAUCAGUUUAACAAAAGCUAUAAGUUGCAAAUGAAAAAGUUGUGAGCCGAGUCCUUGGGUUGCUUAAGGUUUAGUAAAGAAUUUUAGUAUACAAAGUUAUUUUCGAAUUUGUUUAAGCUUUAAUUUGCGAUCCUUUGUUGAUCUAGAUUUUGCUAAAAUGUUAAAUUUUUACUUAUUUAUUUAACGCGAUAAAAAAUCCUGAUCUCAAAUAUAAUACAAUCGGUAUCAAAUGCUUAUCUAAUAUAGUCAUAUAAGCCUAGGAUAAUCAAAUUUCAGAACUUGUGGAAUAAGGCUUAUUUACUCAUUUAAAAAUUUUUUUUGACUAGAAUUAAGAGGAGAUGAUUUCAAGUAUUAUGGGUUUAGAAAUUGUUGAAAUUAUAUUAGAAGCGGGAGAUUGUAUCUUCUAAAGCUAAAAAGCCAAAGAAAAUAUAUUUAAAAUUAAAAUGGAAUCCUCUGGGCUCUUGUAAAAUUUAGAUAGUUUUUAAUUAUCAACAAAAGAAGCUAUUUCAUAAAAAGCUAUUUAAAUAAUAGAAAGAUUUUGUUUAUAAAAAGUAGAAGGAAUUGAAGAAGAAAUUAAUUGA